AUGUCAGCUCGCCACGCGUUUGCCUGCGACCUUGCUCCCAUUUGCCAAGCUGCCUACGAUAACGACCUUCGCAAGGUGUACCACAUUCUAAACGAGGAUGCCAAGACUUUAAAUGUUCAAGAUGGGGAAUCUGGCGAUACACAAGUCAUAGCUGCCUGCAGAUGUGGAAACAUCAGAAUGGUCAAGUACCUUUUGGACCUGGAGGCAGAUGUAGCUAUAAGGAACAAGAAACAGAGGACAUGUUUGCACUCUCCUGCAAAGAGGACCUUCUCCUUCCUGGAUUACCUGAUGAUCACUAUCCUCAUGCCAAUUCUGUUGAUGGGAUACCUCAUUCUGGUAGACAAGCAAAGGAAGAGUGUGAAACUAAUGAAUCUGGUUUUGAGCACUAAAGUGGAGGUUGGCGCUGUGGACUAUCAGGGAAACACUGGCCUUCACUACGUCUGUCAGAGGAAGAGUUACAGACUCGUUCCACUGUUACUGGAGAAAAAGGCAGAUGUUUCUACAAAAAACAAAGAUGAUGAGACCCCACUGGAUAUAGCAAGGAGACUGCAGUUCAAGGAGAUUGUUACAAUGCUGACGGGGUUGCAGACAGUGUCUUUUGUCUGA